GCCUGGCCGAGCCUCCUCUGGCCACUGCAGGCCUGGCGGGCGCAGGCGGGAGGAAGCCGCAGUCCCCGCGUCCUGAGUGUCCCGAGUCCUGAGUGUCCCGCGUCCCCGCGCCCGGGAUGCGCCGGCCAUGUCCCCCGAGGGCGCCUGGCUGGGGGGUGCGCAGUGGUCAGCGCUGGUGGCGCUCUUCGCGCUCGCCCUGGGCACCGUGGCCCUGUACUUGGCGCAGUGGGCGCUGACCAGGGCGCGGCCGCGCUCCCCGGGCCAGGCCCCCCACCCGCACCCCGAGUGGGACGCGCUGCUGGGCUGGGUGCUGACCCUGAACAGCUGGCGGGGCCGAUGGCAGGCCGCCUGGGUGGACGCCCUCAACCGGGAGGCCGCACGCAGAGCGGGCCCUCCACACCUGCGCUUCCAGGAGCCGCUCCGCCCACAGCCCCUGCAGCUGGCUGUGCAGCGAGUGACCAGCGUGCGCGGUGCCCAGGAGAAGGUGCUGUCCUGCCACGCGCUGGGGGGCGGCGUCCGGUUCACGGUCAGCGUGGGGGCGGCCCAGGAGGAGGAGCGCCGGACCUACGCCGUCCAGCUGUCCGAACUGCGGCUGCAGCUGCAGCUGCACCUACAGGACGGACAGACGGAUGUGCCCGUGCGGUGGUCCUGCGUCUGCCCCCCGGAGGCCAGUGUCACUAUCCUGCCUGGUGUCCCCAGGGAGGACUUGGCGGCUGAGGCGUGCGCGGUGGCCGGCUCCCUCGGGGAUGUCCUCAAACGCCUGGUCAGCUCCGCCCGCCCCUCCGUGGUGCUGAGCGCCCAGCCGGUGGCCAGGAGGGAGGCCCAGAGUUUGCAGCGGCCCCCGCCCGCCCCUCAGGACCCCUGCCCCCCCAAGCCCCCGAGGGCUCACGAGCUCAAGCUCUUGGUAAAGGACAUCCAGGUCUCGAUCCUGCAGGCGGCGGAGGCACCAGAUGCCCCGAGCCCACGGUGCCAGCUGCUUCUCAGCGAUCCCCGACAGAGCUUCUCCGGCACCCUCACCAAGUCCGCCGCCGGCCUCGGCUGGGAAGAAGAGCUCACCUUUGAACUGAACGCCAAGUCCAAGGAGUUGUGUCUGCAGCUGUCGGGGAACCAGCCUCCCGCGGAAGCCCCUCCGGCGACGGCCACCAUCCCUCUGGACUUGUUCCGGAAGCAGCCUUCCGGACCCCAGAGUUUCCCGCUGACCGGCGGCUCCUCCGAGGGCGGCCCGGUGCUGGGCUCGGUCACCGCAGAGUUCUCGUUCCUGGAGCCCUGUGACACCAAGACCUGGCGUGUCCCCACAGCCACGGUGGAGAGGGACCGCACGGUGAUGCCCUGUGGUACCGUGGUCACGACCGUCACAGCCGUGAAGACCGAGCCCCGGAGGGCGUCCCCUCUGUGCUCCCAGUCCCCGCAGAGGACACCUGUCAAGAUGAGGGUAAUUGAGAAGGACAUUGAGGUGCAGGCUGUGACUUGCCACCAUGCACCCAUCAGCAAGACGCUGUCGUCCUCUGACACAGAACUGCUGGCGCUGAGCAGCGGGGACCCCGUGGCCGAGGCGGCCAUCCGGCAGCUGAGCCAGGGCUCCGGGCUACGGCUCAGGGCUCCGCGAAAGAAGAGCACCCUCAUCAUCUCCGGGGUGUCCAAGACCUCCCUCUGCCAGGAUUCUGCCGGAGGGAGCGCGAUGCCAGAUGACCAGGAUCCCCUAGACGGGCCCCCCCAGGAGGACACCCCGGCCCCCCCGGCCCCCGACCCCGACCCGGCCCCGUCCGAGGACGUGACGGCCGCCCCGGAGCCCCCCGACGAUGAGCUGGACCCCUGGGACCCGGAGGAGGACCCCCUGGCCGUGGCUUGGGGCUCCCCUGCCCCCCAGCACCUGGAGGGGGACCGGCUGUCCGGGAGCUCCCUGAGCACGGCGGAGUCCACGGCCCCCAGGAGGCACAAAGGUGGCAUCCUGAGGAGAGGCGCCAAGCUGUUCCGCCGACGGCCCCCCCAGAAGGAGCCGGGCCUGAGCCAGUCCUACAGCGACCUGGCCCUGGAGCCCCCCGGGGGCACCCCCCACAGGAAGGAGGCCACACUCAGCCGCGUCCUGCACUGCAGGCUGCUGGGCCGGAGAUCGGGGAAGACGGCCAACGGCGCCCCCCCGGACCCCCACGCCUAGCCCCCUGGGGACGCCGGCCCGAGCGGGACCCCCGGAGGGCCCCGGGAUGCCCAGGGGGGGGGGGGGGGACCUGGCCAUGGCCCCGAGGUGCCGGCACCGGGCAGGGGCCCCACCGCACCCCAGACUCCCCAGCCGAGACACCCUCAGGGCGGACGCGACCCCCCACGUCGCCCUGAACUGAGCGGGACUUUCUGGAGGGGCAGGGUCACCCCACACGGGACGAGGGGACACAGGCGCCUCCGCCAGCCCCGCCCGUGGCCACGCCGCGCCCACGCGGGUGCUGGGCUCUCGGUACCCCACGCGUGUCCCUCAGGGCAGAGCCCCCCCCCCCCCCCGACUGGAGAGAGCAGAGCUGGCCGGCCCAGGGCGGGGGUGGUGGCGACAAAGUGACCUCGGAGGACGCUGUCACCUGUCUUCAGUCGGGGCGUCUGCAGAACCGUGCCAAGGACUGAGCCAAGUACCUCCUGAGUGCUGGCCUCGGGCGUCCUGGGGGUCAGGUUCCUCUUGGGGUGCGUCUGGAAUUCUGGGAGCCCCGCCAGCCUGUGUGUGUGUCUGCCUUUGCCGUCGUGUCC